AUGGAUCUUCCGCCGACAGUGAUCGAGGAGAAGCUGCGAAACGCAGCUACCGAGCUGUCCCGGGAUACCCUUCGACCUGGAUUCCGCUCCAUAAACGAUCUACCCGACGAGCUGCUGCUUGAAGUAGCCAGACACCUUGAGGGUGACAACCCAGCGCUUGGGAGCCUGAAUCAGACAUCACGUCGCUUCAAAGCCAUUGGUGAUGAGCUCUUAUAUCGGACGAUCAGCUUGCCUCGUACUCGGGGUGACAGCGUCAUGUACCUCGUGCGCACCAUCGUUCGAAGACCGGAACUGAGAAGCAAGAUCCGUCACUUGACAUUUUCCGCGACCAACUGGCUUGUCGAAUAUGAUGGAGAGACUCCAGUACACGAACGCGCCACCACCAUAGAACGUCCAAAUACCUCCUCGAACGCGCAUGCAGCUUCUUUGCUACAAAUAUCCCAGAGCCUCGAUAGGCUGAGCUUCCUUAGGGACGAGAAUCCGUUUGAGAGUGAGGAAGAGCUGGCCUGGCGGUGCGGUUUAUUGUGCGGCCAGCUGAGCGCACUAGCUGGAAUGCUUCUCAUACUUUGCGACAGCCUUGACAUGCUCUAUAUGGAUAUGUAUCACAGGCAAGAUCUGAGUACACCUGCUGUUGAUGUCCUGGGCUGGCUUUAUUGUCUCCACAGCGAGCUGAUGCAGCAACCGCCAAGCCGCUGGUCGGGCUUCAAGCAAUUCUAUAACGUUAAGCGCCUGAGAGUCUCCGGUUUGAGCAUCGACAUACUAAGAUUCCCAUUCAUCUCCCUCCAAGUCCUCGAGAUCGACCUCUGCUGGGAGUCCUUCAAUGAGGGCCUGUCAACUGCAGAGCACGUCUUCUUCGGCAACGAAUCGGCUCGGUGUCUCUCGCCCCGCUGUGCGAACCUCCACACACUCAUCAUACGAAGCGAUUGGAAUGAGCUAAACGACCAAGCCCAUCUGAGUCAUGGCUAUCAGCUUCCACUUCUGCUACUAGACUUCGCUGGAUCGACCAUCACCCGUCUAGAGAUACUGUUCAUGAGGAUCCCGACUGUUGUAAAGCAGUGGCUGGGUACUUUCGAGCACAUUGCGCGUGCUCUGGGUGAGGACACAGACGUAUCUGCAAGCUUGCAAUCCAUCAGAAUCGACUACGAGGAGUCUGAUCACUUCGAUCCCAGGCGUUGCUUCGGUGGUUGUACGACCGUGCACAGCUUUCGCUCGUUCCUCAAGUUGACGAAGAUGGAGGUUCUGCAAGGUGUACUUGUAUUCGAGGCCCGCAAUACGUUCGGUGAGCUGUACUGCUUUCGCGGCAUUUUACCUCCUCCAAGCCUCGAGUCACUCACCGUAAUAUGUCCUACCAAGGCUAUUCUUACAUGGCUCAACAUGAUAGUCGAGCGCAAGACGGAGGUGCCAGCCCUGAAUAAGAUCGUGCUUUUGUGCAGGUGUGGCUACGGUGCUGGACCUAAGGAGUUCGAAGGCGACGUCUCGACAUACGUUUUCGCGCAGCUGAACGACCUUGGUAUCGAUGUGCGUGUAGUUGAAGAGAUACCAGGAGUAUUCGCGGCUCUAGCUCGGAAGGAAGGCUCAGUGUGGGAGGCGGACUGGGCCGAAGAUGGAUGGGUGGAUGGAUUAUUCGGUCAGGAUCAGGGUUGA